UGUUUCUUAACUGAUGUCAGCUAGUGUUCAAAUCUGAAGUCAGUGUAUCAGCUUGUGGUUGAAAUACUUCAUGACUACGUUCGGUUUUUCUUGCUAGUUCCAAUAAAAGCUUAAGAGACUUCAAAGUGAUUGGUGGCAAUUUAUUAAGCUUAAAAUAGUUUAUUUUGGCCAUAUCAUAAACCGUAAGAUAACUAAGUAUGACUGGUGUCUGUACUGAAUUGCUAGGGUGAACUGUAUCUUACUUAGUCAAGCCGUGUUACUUAGGUUUGUGUACUUGGUUGUGAAACAUUUGUUUACCACAAUAAUGAUAUCACCUUAAUAUUUAAAAUAAAGAUAAUUUAAGUAGAGUUGGUUUCAGUUGUCUUAUAAUAUAAUACUAAACAUUUAAGUUACUGGACUAAAGCAGCACUUCCACACCAUAGCAUGCGAAGUCUUAAGAAAUAUUUUAACAUAGGACAUUAAAACAGUAUCAGUUAGUUUUUAAAAGUUAAUAUAAUAAUUGCACAUUUUCAUGUUUAUUUUUAUUGUUGUAACGUAAAAAUAAAACAGUUAUCAGGUCUAUUUUUACUCAAUUAGAAAUCCAAAUGUUACGAACGUCACUUCAUCUGCAACUGUCGAGAUGGAAACUCUUCCAUCGGUUGGUCCAUUCCGAAGCUGUGACCUAUGCUGAACAUGGUGAACCCGACCAAGUUCUGCGUUUCUCAUCAACUGCACUAAAACCUUUUGCAAAUGACGAAAUUUUGGUGAAAGUAUGUGCAGCUCCAAUUAAUCCCGCGGACAUAAAUACCAUACAAGGUACUUAUCCAAUAAAACCAAAACUUCCCGCUGUUGCUGGAAGUGAAGGAGUGGGCAAAAUUAUUGCAUGUGGGAAAAAUGUGAACAAUUUUUCUGUGGGUGAUUCAGUUAUUCCUUUGGAAUUCGCAUCAGGCACUUGGCAGACAUAUUGGUGUGGUAAAGCUGAUCGAUUUCUUAAAAUAAAACAUCCUAUCCCUUCGACGCAUGCUGCUGUGAUGGCAAUCAAUCCAAGCACUGCUUUACACUUGCUCAAAAGUUUUGCGGAACUCCAAAAGGGGGAUACUAUAAUCCAAAAUGGUGCAACAAGUGCAGUUGGAGUAUACGUUAUUCAAAUAGCAAAAAUACUAGGAAUUAAUACAGUGAACUUGUUUCGCGAAAGAGAAACAACUAAAGCCACUGAAGAAACCCGUGAACUUCUCAAAUGUUAUGGAGGUACAUUGUGUCUCACAGAAGCUGAAUAUAUGGAAAAGGCAAAAGAAAUGGGUCCUUUUAAACUUGCUUUAAACUGUUUAGGAGGAAAGCCUGCAUCCCUUUUGGUAAAAAGUCUAGAUCAUUGUGGAACAAUGGUUACAUACGGUGGGAUGACACGUAAUCCAAUGCCAUUACCUGUUGGUCCUUUUAUUUUCAAAGACAUUCAUUUACGCGGUUUUUGGCUGACGAAUUUUAACCGACAUCAAUCUGCGGCACAACGACAGCUUACUAUUGAUCAACUAUCGAAAUGGUUCUCAGAGAAACUUAUCAUACCUUCACCGUUCGAAGAAAUCCCUUUCAAAGAUUGGCGUAAAGCAUUGAAUAUGUCACUUUUUAGUGACUCAAUACCUGCAAGUAUCAGGAGAAAACCUAUUUUAAUUAUGGAAUGACACUGUAUUGUUGUAUAGAUUUUCCUAGUCAUAAUAAUAAUUAUCUGUAAACUUGCAAUCACCUGUGUGUAGAUUUUAUUCACACUGAUAAGUAAAUUUUACUCUGGGAAUUUAAUUUAUUAUUUUAUUUUUUAUUUGGAAUUGAUUUCAGUGUGACUUAUCACGGUGUCUCUUUUUCAUUUCAACCUUUGUACAAUUUCCAGUAUAAUGUAUGAUAUACAAACGAUGAGUACAUUUAUUUCGUCAUAGUGACAACUUGUUAAAAAAGAAGCUUUUCUAAUAUUUAAG